AGCUGUUUUGUAUAAGGAAGGGGAUGGUACCGCAACGACCACGUCCGCCGCCUACACGCAUAACGGAGGACGAUGUGGAUAUCAGCGCGCUUUCAUGUCUGGAUGAUCUGCUGGCCCAAUUGGACAGCGCCGUGCAUAGACGUGAAGUGUAUCUCGUGCGGAGCGACAUGAAACCUGUGCCGAGAGAGGAAGCCAAUCUUGAUAAACGGAUAGCAUCACCGUCCGAGACGACCACCACUGUGGCCUCGGAAGGUAGUGUGAAGAAGAAGAAGGCGGAGCAGCCAACAUCGAGGAAGAAGAAGGGUGGAGCUCGUGAGGAUGUCCACAAGGUUUCUAGUGGUUCCUUGAAGCAGAGGCAUCCCUCAUCCUCCUCUUCCUCUCCAUCAUCCUCAUCACCAGCUAGUGGGUUACGAAAACUUGCUGAGAAAAGACAUCUCCAUAAGGGUUCUAGUAGCAGCAGCAGGAAGAGGAAGGGGUCUAGGAGGAACUCUGCCGAUGACCUGUCGGACUUUAUUGUGCCCCCUGGGGCUCCUCUCUCCAGUGAGAGUUCAUCUGACGAUGAUACCCCUGAUUCUCCUUCUUCCUCUAGCUCGUCAUCGUCGUCCUCAGUCCUUAGCGACUCUGAUGUGGUCCUCAAUGGUUAUGAAGAUGACAGUGGGAAUCGGAGGUAAGUCAAGUUGCCUGCUGUGCGGUAUAACAGCCGAUUGGUAUCAGAUACAUAGUGGACCGGGUACUUCAAUUCGAUGGGCGGAAAUACCUAGUGAAGUGGAAAGGCUAUACCGAGAUGACCUGGGAACCUCGGGAAAAUCUUGAAGACAAUUUUAAACAUGAAAUGAAGGAGGCUCGCAAGAAGUACCGACUAAAGGAGAAGUAUCGACCAAGAUUCUGACUGAUGAUAAUACUAUUCUUGUUCCUGUUGUUGGCAUGGCCCGUG